AUGGCGGCGGCGGCUUCUCUGAGGCGGCGGGGCCGGCGGGGCGGCGGGGAGGAGCUAGCUCCGGGUACAGCCACGGCGGCCUGCCCGGGGUGCUUGGCGGAGGCAGGGGUCCUGCAGCGCGGCCACUCGCUGGGCCGGCCUCCCCUCGCCACCGAAGCGGGGCCAGGCCCCGGGCCCGGGCCGCCCUCCGGGCCCGCCUGCUGCCCGCGCUGCGGCAGCCGCAGCCGCCCCUUGGGCCGAGCCCGCCGCCGCCCCCGCCCCCGCCCCAGCGGCCUGGCCGAGGCUGAACUGUGGGAGCGGCUCCACCGGGGCCGCCGCCGCCACCGCCGCUUGGACGGGGACCCCGCUGGUGCCGGUCCGGGAGCCGGACAUGCGGGAGCCGAGGAGCAGCGGGCUGCGGUCGCCGAGGAAGACUUUAUAUUCAGAGCACCAGUCAAACUAAGUAAACCAGGGGAACUUCGAGAAGAGUACGAAAGUCUGAGAAAGUUGAGGGAAGAAAAGUUAGAAGAGGAGAAAACCUCUGAGGAUCUGAUCCACAAGCUCUUACUGGAGGAUAUUGAAGCAGGGAAAAGGAAAAUGGAAGAACUGCAGAAAAAAGAUGAGCCAUUAGUACUCUGUCCCGAGCGUCUCUCAGAUUCAGAAAAUGAAGAACCUUCCCAGGGCAAGAUGACACACCGUUCGGCAUUUGUUUCCAAGAGCAGCGUUUACUCCUUAGCUUUCCUGACAGGAAACCUGAAUUCCAGAGUGGAGAGGAGCCAGAGUUGUAAUGACACAGCCCAGGACAGAGCAAAAAACAGAAUUCGAUCAGUUCCCACCAAUAAAGCAAAGGUCACAGCAGUGACUCCUGCCUCCAACCCCAUUGUUGGUGUUCUCUUGUCAACCCAAAACAACCGAUGCUUCUCAGCCCCUGAUUUGACUGUGGAAAAACGGCUACCAUUCAGUUCUCUCUCAUCUCUGUCUUCCUUGCAUAAGCCAGAGCGAUCUAUUAGUCCUGAAAGCAAUGACAGCAUCUCAGAAGAACUGAAUCAUUUCAAGCCCAUUGUCUGCUCACCAUGUACCCCUCCUAAGAGACUCCCUGAUGGCAGAGUACUCAGCCCAUUGAUCAUAAAAUCAACACCCAGGAAUUUGACUAGAACCUUACAGAAGCAGACCUCUUAUGAGGCUAGUCCACGGAUCCUUAAGAAGUGGGAACAGAUCUUCCAGGAACGACAGAUCAAAAAGACCCUUUCAAAAGCCACCCUCACUUCCAUGCCUUCUGAAACAGGGGAAGACUUCCUAAUUCCUGAAGUUGUCCAUUCCAGCAAAGAGCAGCCAGGGCUGGCUUUACAUGUGAGACUCUUCAGUGAGCAAGUAAGCUCAGAUCAUCCUGCUCUUAUCAUCCCAGAGCCUGAUUAUUUUCCCUCAGUUAGUCAAGCAAAGGUAGAAAGGGGAAUUGGUAGGAAGAGCAGUGCCAAAAUCCUGUUGGAAACUGACUAUUCCUUGGAACCCAAAGGGAGAGCAAAUGGAGCCAUUUUGGAUAGUCAGGGGUUUGAGGGAUCUGAGACAAGCACAGACUCUGAUCUAGACAAAUCAUGGAUAAGCACUGAUGUGAAAUUCACAACAAGGAAAAUUAUGACUAUUAAUCCAGCACUGCCUGAGAACAACACACUUGGUGUGGUUCUCAAAACCACAAAAAAGCAGCUGAAGACACUGAAUCAUUUUGAGUUGCCUAAUGGCAACUGUGACAUGGUAGAAGCUAUCAGUGAUGCACCACUUCCUCCCUUACGCCGUGGCCGGAAAAGACACUGUAAGACCAAGCACUUAGAGCAGAAUGGCUCCUUUAAGAAACUAAGACAAAAUGUAGGGGAGGUGGGUCUAACCCCUGGGGACCCAGUGUUUCAAGAGAUGGAGCAGAAGCUUCAGCAGGAAGAGGAAGAUCGGCAGCUGGCCCUUCAGCUCCAGCACAUGUUUGACAAUGAAAGUAGGAUAGUGAGCAGGCGGAAAGGAGGUGCUGACCAAUAUCUCCUACGGUCCAACAGCACUACUGGUGCCAAGUAG